UGACAAGCUUAUAACAUGAACGAAAAUGAAUGUGUUGCACAAACGUUAUAAAUGAGAGAAAUGAAGUUUCAUACUCUAGUAUUUUUGUUAACUUUCACUAUCGUAAGAUCUAAAAAACAUAUAAAAACAUUAGUAGAUUCAAAUGACGCUGUCGACCAUUUUCAAGAUGCUCUUUUUGAAGGAAAUUUAGAGAAAGUAGAAAAACCUAUAAUAGUUAACCAGCGAGAAGCGUUUUUGAGAACAUUACCUUUGAGAUAUACAUUUGCUGCAAAGCAGUACGAACAAAAAGAUAAAAAUGUUUUAAACAAGAAAACUUACAGCCAACUAGGUUAUGCAAAGAAAAAGUUCAUUGACAAAACCAACCAAGUGACUUUACAUACGGAAAAAGACAAUGUUAAAAACUUUGUUGAUGUUUUGUUAGGAUCAGAUUUCGCUUUGAAACCUUUCCUUAAAGAAUAUGCUGAUCGUCUGGUUAAUCAUAGUCCGCGCUCAUUGCUGAGUAAUAAAAGGAUUGUUAUAGCUGAUCCUAAACAAAACGAAUUGCAGCUAGAUGAUGAACACAGUACAUUUCAAAAUGAACUUCUUGGGAGCGAAAAUCAAUCUAAAAAUGAGAAUAUUACCAAGGAAUACGUUAUAACAAAAGCCUUAUACGACGCUAUAGCAAAAAUUGCAGAGGUAGGCCGAGGAGGUAAAACAGUUAAGUUGAAAGUAAUACAAAAAGAAAAGGAGAAAAACACUGGUUUAAGUAAAAAAACACCCAAAAAAACGCUUCAAAAGCAUUCCAAAAAAAAAUAUAUUACAUUAACAAAUCAAAACACUGCAGGAUCAAUUAAAAAAGAUAUUUCUAUAAACAAGAGCAUACCCACAGAUCAUUUAUCACACAUGAUACACUAUUACACUAAAGGGAAUAAAAUUAAAAAAGCUGAACUAAUUAAAAAACUUUUGAAAAAAAAAAAUUCAAAUAUUCCAAGUAACUUUAAUUUUACGAAAAUACCUGUAAAAGUUAUAACACAAACUAAAAAGAUAUCCGAAGAACCAACAAACGAUGUAAAAACUAAAAGUAAAGAAGUCCCUUUAAACGCCAGUUUUUCUGAUGUUGCCGAACGUCACCAAACAUCAAACGGUAACAUAAAGUUUAAAGUAAAUAAAAUAUCACACAAUAAACAUUUUAUGAAAAAGAAAAAAGUAGAAAUAAAAAUGAAGAAAAAAAUUAACCUCAAAGAUAAAGAUUUAUCUAUCUCAGAUGGUCAACAUCUUAAAUCCUCUGAUAAUCAGUUUUUAAAUACGGUAGUCGACCAAUCACAAAAUGAGUUUAAAAAAUUCGAAGACAUCAAAAAUCAAACAAUGUCAUUCCAAGCAAAUUCAAAUCAAACCACACUACAUCGAGCAACACUCUUUCAAGCAAUACCCCCAAAAACAGCUUCUGACCAAACAAUACCACUACACGCAUCGUCAAAACAAGCGUUAACACAUUUAGCAUUAUUGAACAAAACUUCUCAAACUCAUUUUCGGAAGAACCAAGAAGAAUUUUUGGAAGAACAUAGUAGAAUUAAAGUAAAAGUCAAAAAUUUAAAAAAUGACAACUUAAAAAAAACCAUCUAUCAAAAUGCAGAACCUCAGGCCCUUAUGAAACAAGUUAUCGGAGAAAAAAAAGAGUCCUUAAUCGAAAAAGUAUCAGAAAAAAAAAACGCUCAAAUUAACGUGUUUCAUGACCUUGACUCAAAAGAUAUUUCAUCUGUCACAAAUAAGCCAAUUGUUUUUCAACCUGUUUUAACUGUAGAUCUAAAAGAACCCGCAAUAAACCAAUCAAACCUUUACGAUGGAUACGAGUCAGAAGUGACAGAAUUUAUAAGUGGUGACGGCUCUACGUUUGUACCAAUUGCUUUGGCAAAACCUUCUUCUUUAUUAAAAAAUGAUGAACAGCAAAAUCAAUUGGAUACUGAAAAAGAUGAAGAGUUAGCAAAAGUUUUUAAAAGCCAAACAUUAGCAUUAGAAAAAUUAGGCGAAUCACGUUUAUUAAAUCCAGAUAUUAUGAAACCUUUACAAAAUAUAUCUUUUAAACAUCUCAGACCCGAAAAAUUAGAAAAAUCCCAGAAAAUUAACAGUAUUCAUAGUAAUCGCGUUCAAAUUAUUAAACCAAAAAUAAUUAGCGAUGUUGAAGCUCGCCAUUGUGUAGAUGAUGAUAACCAUGUAGAUGGAAACCUCACAUCCGGCGUCAAAGAAAUCAACGAGCUCACAAAAAGUUCAUUUGCUAUAGGAUGCGAAAAUAAAAAAGAGUAUAAUUCGACAGAGCUUAACUCGUCUGAUACCUUUUCAAGUGGCAUUGAUCUUGAAUAUCUGCAAAAUCUUUUUGAGGAUAAAGAUAUUGAAAGUUUUCAAGAAAACUAUACAAGAGCAAUGAAAAAAGAAGCCUUUGAAGGCAUAAGAAAUAAGCUCAAUAAUUCUUUGUCAGCUUUUCUUAAAAAUUUUGAAAAUGCAGGUACUGAAACGGAGAUGCUAAUGAGAAAAAUAGUUGAAGAUAAAUUGAAACAAGAAGAAAGUAGCAUUCGAUAUCAAAUUGAUUUCCCUAGUUUUUAUCAUGCAGUUGGAACAAUAACACUUCCUUAUGAUGAUUUGGUGGAACCCUUUGAAGCAUGGUAUGCAGGAGAGUUAAACAUGAGUCGAAUAGACUAUUACUACGGAAUGGACAAAAGUUAUCAAAGAGGAGACAUUGGUCCUCAUGGGGUGGUUGUAAAGUUGGUUCCAGCACAUUGGGGAAAACAUACAGAUUUAAAUAAAAACAAAAUUUCUUGUUGGUAUAAGCAAGAAUCCAUAUGGACAAAGAGAAGAGCGCAAACUGUUGUUCCUUUGAAUGUUAAAAAAUUUAAGUAUGUAGGGGAAGAACAAUUUAAUGGAGUUCCAGCCUUCAAGUUUUUCUAUCAAAAGAAAUUCAUCAGCAAAAAUAAUACCUAUGUUUUACAUGUUUCAAAAGCAAAGCCUCAUGUUCCAUUGAGGUAUGAAAUGAUAGGUUAUGAUCAUCUUUUACGAUCGCAUUACGAUCAUUACAUUAUCGACUACUUAUCGUUUAAGCCUUGGAAGUUUGACUACACAGUGCUUCAAAUACCAAAAGAAUAUAAAUGUUAUAAAAAGCUUCGUCAGAUGAAAUCUCAUUUUGAGGCAAACCCUAUGUGGGACUUUUUACAUGGAGAAGAGCCCAAACACAGAGAACGAGAGUUAACUCAAACCUUUAAAGAUUUUAAAGACAAACAUUCUAAAGAAUACAAAGAUCAUACCGAAAACCACAAGCGAAAAAAUAUUUUCAGACACAACUCUAGGUUUAUUCAUUCUCACAAUCGAGCAAAUCGAAGUUAUUCACUAGAAGUUAAUCAUUUAGCUGAUUUAUCUGAAGAAGAGUUUGAAAUGUUAAAAGGACAACCAACUCUUAACACACCGCAAUUUAAAAAAGAAGUGAAUGAAAUACCUGCCUUAAGAUUAGAGAUACCCAAAGCACCUCUACCUCAGAAUCUAGAUUGGAGAAUUUACGGUGCAGUUAGCGAAGUGCACAGCCAAAGUUUCUGUGCAUCUUGUUGGGCGUUUUCUGCAGUAGGAGCAAUUGAAGGAGCCUAUACCAUAUAUAAUGGAACAUUAAAAGAAAUGGCUGUGCAACAGCUAGUUGACUGCAGCUGGGGAUACAAUAACAACGGUUGCAGAGGCGGUUGGUCGUGGAGGGCAUUAAAUUUUGUUGGUGAGCAUGGUUUAGCAACACGUGAAGCUUAUGGAAAUUAUAUUGCACAGGAAGGUUAUUGUCAUUGUGGUAAAAAUGAUAACUGCGAUGGAGUGAAGAAAAUGUCGUAUCGCACAAUUGAGAAAAAAAACGCAGAAAAACUUAAAGCCGCUUUAACAUUAUACGGUCCCGGUAGCGUAGCUGUGCAAUGCGCGCGAAAAACUUUCAAGUUUUAUUCAUCAGGAGUUUACGAUGAUCCAAAGUGCACUGAAGUUACCGAUCAUGCCGUUGUAAUUAUUGGUUAUGGAGUUGAAAACAAUAAACCUUAUUGGUUAAUUAAAAACAGCUGGGGAAAACUUUGGGGUGACAAUGGGUAUAUGAAAAUUGAUAUGAAUAACAAUUUAUGCGGUGUUCUUACAAAUGGAGCAUUAAUGGUUUCAUUUAACAACUGGAAGGAGAGCAAAACUUUUCCGUUUGAAAAAAUGAAAAAAAGUCAACCUACAGUAAGUGUAACAAACCAAAAAGAAAUUACAGAAAACAUAGAACUAUUUGAAGUGCCGAAACACGUAAAUGUUUAUCUACGCAACCUGGAUAAAAUAAAAAAACAUUAAGCUCAAAGAAUUUAUAAAGAGACUAUAUGAAGCAUUGUCUUCGCAUUAAUUUUGUAAAACAUUAACGUUGUUGUUUAAAGUUUUAAUGGGACACAAAAACUAUUUUACACUAUUUGACAAAUCAUAAAAUGAUAAAGUAUUCUUUAGCGGUAAUAAUCUUCUAAUAAAGUAUUCCAUAGUAGUAAUAACGGAAACUAUGAAAUGCAAAAGUACAAUUAAAAUAGAUUACAGGUUUCUUACCUUCUAGUUUCUUAGAUUUUGGAUACUUGGUUACAUGUUGGUUACGUGUUGGUUACAUGUUGGUUACAUGUUGGUUACAUGUUGGUUAUUUGGUAACAUGUUGCUUAAAAAAAUUGUUAGAUUCAUGUAAGAAACUUAUUGAUGUGGUAAUAACAACAAACAAUUCAAAUGUUACUGGAUGUAUUAAUGCUUACAGUUUAAAAACAAAAUGUUACUGGAUGUUUUAAUGCUUCAGGUUUAAAAAAACGAAGCAGCCGCCUACUGAAUUCGUUAAAUAAUUGUAAAAAAUCAGCUACAUCGAUUGUCUGAAAUUGAAUUUUAUCGAUCAGAUUGAUGCACAAACGUGAGUUUACAAAUGCAAGAAUAGGAACAAAAUACAUUUAGAAUAUUUUAAAUUAAUGGAAAUUUGUUAAUCUGAAUUACGUGACAUUCUAAUUAGAUUAAACAAAAAUAAAAUAAAAAAAAAAUGAUUGUAAUUUUUGUAAAUAGUUUUUAUAUGUAUUAUUAGAUAACUAGAAUGAAGGUUUUGAAUUAUUACA